AGGCUUUAAGCCUAUAUAAGACAACCCCUGGCCACACACCACACAAACAAGACGCUCUCAAGGAAGAAGCAUCAUGAAGACUUUAAAUCUGUGCUUACUACUAGUCAGCCUGGCAAUAGUGGUUUACUCUUUGCCAGUAUCGCCACCUACUGAAGAAGAUGAAGCCCUAGCAGAGGUAUGCUUUUUGUCAAAUAUUUUGGAAGGAGGGUCUUUAUGGGUUUCACAACUGAAAAUAUUAUGAUGGAACAGAUGUGUUCAUGUUACUUCAUAUGGAUCAGUCAGGUCGAAUGUGUUCUCAAUGACUUACCUGGUUAAAUAAAGGAAAACAAAAAAAUAUAUAUAUAUAUAUUAUAAUUGGUUGUGUUGAAGAGCAAGAACUAUUGAAAUCCUUGCUUAGUUAGUUGCUAUACUCAUAACACAAUAAAGUCAUUCUGUAAUUGAAUUCUUGCUGUGUGAGCCUUGUACACAUACCAGAGGAGAUUAAAUGCAUAACUGUAGUAAAUGGCACUAUAAUGUACUAUCAUUAUAACUUCAUGCUUGCUGUGUUUUCUGUAGACGUACCUAAAGAGGUUCUUUAACCUGACGGAGGAGACGGGUCCGAUGUUCAGACGGGGGCCCAGCCAGCGGAGCACGAAAGUCAGCGAGAUGCAGAGGUUCUUUGGCCUCAAGGUGACAGGAACCUUGGACGCUGAGACCGUGACGAUGAUGAAGAAGCCACGCUGCGGGGUACCUGACGUCCAACUCAGCCGAUUCACCACCUUCGAUAACCUUAAGUGGCAGACAAACCAGCUUACUUACAGGUGAGAAGAGUGAGAAAAACAAGUUGACCAUGGUGAAUUGACACUUAGCAAAAGUAGGGUUUGUAAUGAUAACAUUUAGUUAGUUGCAAUACCAAUUAGGUGGUCUUUACAUUUUGAGAAAAACACUCAACUACACCAAACUGUUUGUUGCACUCACCACUGUAAGUCGCUCUGGAUAAGAGUGUCUGCUAAAUGACUAAAAUAAAUAAAAAUUAAUGUGUCAAUCAAAGGUUUUGUAUUGGCAAACAUCAAAUUAUACACAGAGACACUAUGAGUGAUAGGCCAAAGUCAGGGUUUGCUGAACAAACCAAAAAACAUUUUUCUACAUUGAGAAAUAUUUUUCUAAUGUUGACUGUUGGUCUAUUGUCUUCUUCAGAAUUGAGAACUACACUCCUGACAUGUCUGUGGCUGAGGUGGACAACUCCAUAGAGAGAGCACUACAGGUGUGGGCCAAGGUCUCCCCCCUGAGGUUCACCCGUAUCUACAGCGGCACCGCUGACAUCAUGAUCUCCUUCGGCAACAGAAGUAAGAAACUUGUAUCUUACCUAACACAAUGUUAAUGUGACCUACUGAAACAGAAUUCCUUAAAUAUUUAGAAAGUGUAACAUGGAAGUACUUGGAUGGGUUACUGAAUAUGUUUGUCAAAGCUACUAAUAAGCUAUUAUAACAAUAAUAUUGGUACAAGACCAUAGGUCUGAUGCACCAACAUGUCAUACUGUACAUGUACGCUAAGAAUGCACACAUUUAAAGAUCCACUCCAUGUAUAUAUAUAUAUAUAUAUAUAUAUAUAUUAAUUUCUCUGUUGGAAAAACAUAAUUCCAAGUAUAAAAAGUACAGUAAAGUACACACACUUAAGGGUGAAAAAAUAUGUUUUGAGCAAAAUAGUGUUUUUUUAGACAAUUGCUAAAUUCAACGAGUUGGCAAUUAAAUGAGCUGGUUUGAUCGGUGCACUCUGAUAUCAUCGGCCUCCCCCCUUGCCUGGAUGGAUGGGUUCAGUAACCCAUCCAUCCAGGCUCUGCUGUAGCCGGCCGCAACCGGGAGACCAAUGGGGCGGCGCACAAUUGGCCCAGCGUCGUCCAGGGUAGGGGAGGGAAUGGCCGGCAGGGAGGUAGCUCAGUUGGUAGAGCAUGGCGAAAAAAUAAAUAAAUAAAAAUAAAAUAUUCUAAAAAGAAUAAUGUAUGCACUAACUGUAAGUCGCUCUGGAUAAGAGCGUCUGCUAAAUGACGUAAAUGUAAAUGUAAAAGAGGAAAGGCCCACCCCCCAACUUGUGCCAUUUCAUUAGGAGCCCUGCACCAGCUACUAAAAUGCACCUUUUGUGAGGUAAAUCAGGUGAUAAAUGAGGUGCUAGGGAGGCUGGAGUUGUUCUUCAAAACUGAAAAAUGAAAGACAGACAGACACUUAAAAGGCUCUCAGGAUGUUUGAGUAGCAGGGUUAGAAAGGGAGGGAGGGAGAUACCUGUGGAGGAUCCACUCUUUACAUUCCUCCUGUCAGAGCACAGUGCAGAUAUAUUCAGACAUUAUGACAGUAUUCCCUGGCUAAAAGCCAUUGAACAGAGGGGCACCCUCCGCCCCAUACCACUUACAUAACCAACAUCAACACCACUCAUAAACAAACACAUCCACAAUGGCAUCAGUAUCAUAACACUGCUUGUCCCCCUCACUGUAAUCUGUCUUUACACAGUUUGAUGAGUUGAAAGGGUGUUAUUAGAGUCAUUUUGCCUUAUGUCACCCUCUGGGGUGUUACAUUGGGCCCAUGUAAGUGCAUCGGUUUGAGAAACAAACAUUAAUAAUUCAUUUUGUUAUAUACAUUAUGCAUUUGUCCUCAUAAUAAUAAUAAUAAUAUGCCAUUUAGCAGACGCUUUUAUCCAAAGCGACUUACAGUCAUGCGUGCAUACAUUUUUUGUGUAUGGGUGGUCCCGGGGAUCGAACCCACUACCUUGGCGUUACAAGCGCCGUGCUCUACCAGUUGAGCUACAGAGGACCACCUCAUCUCUGAUGGCUCAUACUAUUAUUUCUCCUGUCUGUGUAGAUCAUGGUGAUUUCUACCCCUUCGAUGGCCCUGAAGGCACCCUGGCCCAUGCCUUCGCCCCCGGCGCUGACAUUGGAGGAGAUGCUCAUUUUGACGAUGACGAGUACUUCACCUUCAGCUCAACCAGAGGUGAGACCCUCUAUCACAACAAUAAAUGUGGAACAUGACUUAAUUUACUACAUUUACCCUGUUUCAAUUGUAGGACAAUCUUGGGUGAAGUGUCAGGUAGCCUAGCGGUUAAGAGCGUUGGGCCAGUAACCGAAAGGUUGCUGAUUUGAAUCCACAAGCCGACUUGGUGAAAAAUAUAUCGAUGUGCCCUUGUUAAAAGCGUCUGCUAAAAUGUAAAUGUCAUGAAAAUUGCCACAAAAUAGUAGAAGAAUGAUGUAUUUUCAUCAUAUAGGGUACAACCUGUUCUUGGUGGCUGCCCAUGAGUUUGGCCAUUCCCUGGGUCUCAGCCACUCCGACGACCCUGGAGCGCUGAUGUUCCCAGUGUACAGCUACACAGAGCCCAGAACCUUCUCUCUGCCUCGUGAUGACGUCAACGGCAUCCAGUACAUAUACGGUCAGUAUUGAAUUAUCUUUUCUCUUUCUGCCCUGUUUGGUUUAGCUUUAUAUUGCUGUAUUCCACUUCUUUUGACUGACUAACAAAAAGGCUCAUGCAAAAUACGUUAUAUUAUUGAUCUCCAAGUAACUCAUUUAUGAGACUGUCCAAUAUUGGAAUUGGAACUAAUGAGUAUCUGUGUCCUCCAGGCCCAAACCCAGAUGUUAACCCUAACCCAGAUAAGCCCGACCCUACACCCGCUUCCACCCCUGAUGCCUGUGACCCCACCCUGGUCCUGGAUGCUGUCACCACUCUGCGUGGGGAGAAGAUGUUCUUCAAGGGCAGGUACAGUACAUCAUAUAGCCUAGAUCAGAUGUUCAGUGACUUAUGGUAACCUACAGCUCAGACACAGCCAAUGAAUGACACUGUUUCCCAGAGAAACAAAAUGGUUGCCGUGUAAUCUGUGAUCCAGAGCUCUAACGUCCUGAUGUCCUCCCUCCAUCUUCAGGUUCUUCUGGCGUAUUUACCCUCAGAGCAGCAAACCACAGCAGAACCUCAUCAAGACUUUCUGGCCCGAACUCCCCAACAACAUCAAUGCAGCUUAUGAGAGCAUGCUAUCUGACAGAGUGUUCCUCUUUAAAGGUAUUGCAGAGUCACCAAUUGCCUCAAAUUAGCCCUUGUAUGGCUGUAGUCUCCACAUGGUGUCUAGACAACAACUGUGGAGGCUAGAACCAUAUCAGCACUAGCCUCCCUAUAUGCCUGUAAUGAAUACUGUGUGAAUACAUUAACCUGUUUAAUUGGAGUCAUAUCUCAGUAAUACUCUGUCACUGUCCCUGCAGAUCGUCAGGUCUGGGCUCUCUAUGGCUAUGACAUCGUCCCCGGGUAUCCCAGAAACCUGAAGAGCUUGGGUCUGCCCAGGACUGUGAAGAAAGUUGACGCCGCACUGUACGAUGAAGAUUCUCGCAAGACCUUGUUCUUCGUUGGCGACUACUACUACAGGUUAGUGGAGUCUAGUUUAUCAUUACAAGCUAUAUAAUUUAUUGUCACUUUUCUAUGUAUUGUAUGUUGCCAUUAGAUAUUGAUGUCAAGAGCAUCACAAUCUCACUAAUAUUUAUUUUAUCAUAGUUAUGAUGAGGAAAUGAAAAGCAUGGACAGAGGUUUCCCCAAGCGUGUGGAUGAACAGUUCCCAGGCAUGACAAGCAAAGUGACUGCAGCCUUCCAAGUCCGAGGUGAGCGUGAUACAGCAUCUAAGCACACAACUGUGCAUUACAAGCCAAGGAGACGUAAAUAUAAAAAAAUAUUAUUUUCUACCUUCUAAAGUUUUCAUUGAAUAUAAGAAAAUCCCCUGAAUAGUCCUAUUAAGUCCUAUUUUAGAUUUUCUUGAGCAUUGAUAGGUUCUCAGUGUGGCAUGUUGCUAACCUCUCUACCCUAUAUGGUUUUACAGGCUUCACCUACCUCUAUAGUGGCCCCUACGUGUUUGAAUACAACAUGGGGACCAGAAGACAGCUCCGUGUGCUAGGAAACAGCUACUUCCUGCCUUGUUAGAUCAUCGACCAUAAUGAGACGUUUAAGCAGCAGCUGUGAACAAUGAUUAAUUUAGGCAAAUGACAAAGUUGUUUCUAACAUGAAGUUGUUGUUUAAAUAUCUAUUUAUGUAUCUAAAUUAUUUUAUAUUUUUCUUGACUAAAUUGUAACCUAAAUAAGCUGAAAAAAUGAAUGUAUUGAAUGUAGGCCAAACAUAUUUGUACACUUUGCAUAUUCAAAUAAAUUCCAAGUUUUAGUGAUUUCUUUGUUUUG